AUGCAGCAGUUCCUCACACCCGACAAGUGGGCCUGCAUCUCCCGCCUCCUCCUCUUCCUCCGCACCCGCAAAUCCGGCAUCAAGCUUCCCAACCCCUCCAAAGACAACCCAGACCCGUUACUCUCUCUUCUCCAGUCCUUGUCUGGUCGGGCUAGCCGGGCUGGUCAGGGCUUAGUGAAGGAAGAGGGUGGGCGGGGGUUUAGAAAAGCGCGCCGCGGUGGGGAUCUCGGGGAUGGGUUGGAGGGGAUUGAGAGCGGUGCUUUGUCGUCUCUGAAGCCGCUUUCCGUCUUUUUGGCAACGGACAACGAGAACCUGCGGCCGCAGUUUGUGGAUAAGAUUGGGCCGGUGGCCGGGGAUGUCUUUUUCUCCACUGGAGCCGUCACUCACACGUCGAAAAGUGGUGCUGCUGCAGCAGCAGCAGCAGCAGCAGUAGCAGCAUCAGCAGGAGGUGGGCAAGCGGGAGCAGGAGGAACAGGGGGAUUGGAAGGUAGAGCAGAAGGGGAAGGAGAAGCAGCAGAAGGUUCGGACCACUCAGAGAGGCAGAAAGGAGUGCCUGAGGAGCAUUUUAUACAGCAGCCGUCCCCAACCAUGGCUGAGUUUUUCUUGCUCAGUCGGGCCCGUGUGCUUGUGAGCUUCAAUAAAUACGUCAGCACGUUUGCCAUGUUUGCGUCCAUGUUCGGGAACGGAACGUUGCUUGCUCUGCAGACAAGACCGCCGGCCGCUAGUCCUGUAGCCCCCUGCGUGUUGCUUCUCGCGCUCUGCCUCUCCUCCUUCACCGCUGCGAUCUCCGCGCAGUGGAUCAAAGGAUUCGUCGCGUCCUACUAUGCGCUCCAGAACCGCCCCAACGGCGCGUGCGGGUACCCCAUGUUGCACCACAACACCGCUUCCAUGUCCACUGUAGGCUACGCUAACGGCAGCAACUGCGGCGCGUGUUUCCAGAUGCGCUGCACCGGCCACCCGUCGUGCAAACCGGGAAUCAUGACGGUGCCCGUUACUGUCACGAAUAUUUGCCCACCGGAUGCUCCUGGCGGGUACUGCGCGGGAAAUAAGCGAAGCAUCACACUUCCCAAUCCUGUGUGGAAUCAAAUGUCGAAGGAUCCCUCGGCCGGCGUGGUUCCCGUGGAGAUUAAGCGCGUCAGGUGCCGGCGCGUCGGUGGCGUUGCGUUCAAUAUCACUGGGAAGGAGUACUACGUCACAGCCAUGCCCCUCAACGUGGCCGGAUCUGGCGCCGUGAAGCGCGUCGACAUCUCGAUCGCGCGCGGCCCGUGGAUGCCGAUGCGCAAGAGCUACGGCGCGGUGUGGGACAUGCCCGGCUUGCCCGUGGUCGGCAUGUCGCUCUCCUUCCGCCUCUGGCCCGCCCUCGGGAAUCUCCCGCUCGAGGCGUGGGAUGCUGUACCCGCGAAUUGGAUAUCCCGUGAGACGGCCCUAUUUCCACGGGCAAUGGCGGCGCUACCCGUCCUCGUGGCGCUUCUCUCUCUUGUCUCCCUGUCGCUAUCAGCGCCGUGCCUCCUCCCACAAGUGCGGAUCAACGUGACGCGCGAGUCGGACCUCUACCUUCGAAAAAACUACCCCGCCAAUCAGUACGUGACGAUGGUGCUGCAGGCGAGCAUACAGCUGACCGACACCUUUGUAAUGGACGCUAAGUUCAGCUGCACUGUCUUCCGCUCCGCCACAGACCGCGGCUUCGACCUCAUCUCGCCCUCUGUCAACACCAUGGUUACAAAGAUCGUCAACACCAACAACGUAUUGGUGAUCGGGGUGAAUUUCAAGAUGCCCGUUUCGACUGUCGGGCAGCUGGAUUGUCAUUAUAUUGAGACGCGCUAUAUCGACUACAUCGGAAAAUAUGCCUGCCCUGCUCUGUGGCUGUACCGAGUAUGGGGUGUACAAGUGGUGCAGGGCAAUGUGUACGGGCGAGUGGAGGUGGCGAGGGCAAACCGCUCGCGCAUCGACUCAAUGGAUGUGCUCGUGAAGGCAACCAACCAGCCCGGAGCCAUUGUGGUGAUGCUGUCAGGAGAUGGACCCAACCUCAUCCGCAGCGAGGUUGUUAUUUCUAACAACAACAUUCGGACCGAGGGCACCAUGGGCCAGGGCGCCACUGUCGGCAUAAUGCUGUUCCGAGGAGCAGUGGGUGUGAAUGUGGUGAACAAUCGCCUGUCACACUUCACCCUCAACAGCAUCCAGAUGGGAUGGGGGCAGAGCAACGUGGGAGAUGCAAUGCUAACCCUCGUUGCCCAAAACGACUUUGUUCACGGAUUCGGGCAGCUUGGGGAUAGUGCGGGUAUUUACUUCAACACGCACUGGGUAAACCCCGGAAAUGUCCUCCGGUGCAACUACGUGCGGGGCGGCGGGCACUGUUUGUAUUUCGACUGGGUGUCUUCUGGAGUGAUCGUGGAUGGACUCGUGUGUGAUCAGACAGCCGAUGGGUUAAAGCUCAACACAGGGCAGAAUAACGAGAUUCGCGGAAUGGUGAUUAUAGACAGCAAGCAGCCUCUAGCAGGGUACAUAUCGUGCCAGAACUACGGAGUGAACAACUGCGACAAGCCCAACGGGAUAAGGUGGAACAACGACUUGCUCACUUAUUACCAGACGCCAGGAAUCAAGAAGCUCUUCCCCUUCCUCACCAACUUCUGCGCCAAAACCUCCAUUAACGGAGUCAACUGCAACGAGGGCACAUCAGCCACUCCCGGGCCUAACAUUACGGGCAGAUGUUCCGGGCUGCCCACCGAAAACAUUGCCGAGAUUGUCACGGCUACCACUGAUAAUUCCACCCGCCUCGUUAUCUGCCACUCCAACUGCAAUCCGUUCACCGCCAUGCCGAAGAUUAACAAGCUGACCUACCUGCCCGUGAAACUUAGUGCCGCCGGGUUCAGGAGCGUGGAGAACCGAGACUUCGGCCUUGUUGACAGUUCCCAAAUUCGGGCAAAGCUCCCAACUUUUCGGAGCUGCCCGGUGCAGGACAUUGGCCCGAAAACCGUGCCCUACACGGAAUACUUCGACCUUUUCAAUCGCGACGCUCCAACAAUGAUGCCGAUUGCGGCCCGGCCUGCAUCCGUCGGAAAAAACGGGAGCGCAUCGAGCAAUGUGGGGUAUGGUGGAGGGCAUGUAUCCGGCAAUGUGACACUACAGCCGAACCCGUACGCUACUAGCAAGUGGAGCCCGCAACUGGAGCGAGAGCUGCGGCCUGGAUUCAUGAUGACGAUGCGGGAAUGGAUGAGGUUUCACGCACGCCACCCCAGCCGCCAGCCACCCCCCCUGCAGAAGGCAUGA